UCUGUGAUUCUAUAACCUAACACACAGCAUAAGGUGUGUGUAACUGCAGCAUGCAGGCGUACAGCGGUUUGUAACAUGACUUCUAUGAGUACAGCCAUGCUAUGCUGUAUUUACAGCCUUAGCAGCCACAAUGAAGUGGAUAAAGUGCUCUAUACCACAUUCUCAGCAGGUUAACACUGACAUGGCUAAACUUCGGCAUCGCCAGGCGCAAGGAGAGCAAGGCAUUGCAAGAUGCUAGAUUUUGUUGCCGUAUGAGUUGGGCUUCUUUGAGGCAAAGCUAAACACACCAGCCAGCCCCUCUCCCUUCCGACGUUGGGCCCGCGAGCAGCACCGCCCCGCCUUCCCCCUCAGGGCGCCCGGGGCGGGCAGUAACGGCGCUCGGGGCGGGACGGGGCAGGCCACCAUGGAAGUGCGCAGCGAGGCUGCCUGCCUGCUGUCGGAGGAUGACAGCCAUGCUGCCUCGCUGGAGAGGAGAGCAGAAGAUGAAGAUCCCUGGACGUGCUUUCUAAGAGGACAGCAGUACUAUGAGGAGGGGAGGUAUGAAGAAGCAUUAGUACAAUUUGAAAAAAACAAGGAUACAGAUUUUCAGGCAAUGUAUCAGCUUGGUGUAAUGCAUUACGAUGGACUAGGCACUAAUAAGGAUCCUGAAAAGGGAGUGGAAUACAUGAAGAAAAUACUCAAUUCUGAUUCCCCAGAAGCGAGACACUUAAGGUUUGCAGCUGCGUACAAUCUUGGCAGAGCACAUUAUGAAGGAUAUGGUGUUAAGCAUUCAACUGAAGAGGCUGAAAGGUUGUGGCUUAUUGCUGCAGACCAUGGGAAUCCAAAAGCAAGCAUAAAGGCCCAGAGUACUUUGGGAAUGCUUUAUUCCAUGCCAGAUCUAAAGGAUCUGAGGAAGGCCUUUUUCUGGCAUUCAGAAGCAUGUGGCAACGGAAGCCUGGAAUCACAGGGUGCACUUGGUAUUAUGUAUCUCUAUGGACAAGGUGUACGUCGGAACAGUAAGGCUGCUCUGAAGUGCUUGAAAGCAGCAGCAGAAAGAGGAAACAUCUAUGCUCAAGGCCACCUUGUAGAAUAUUAUUACAGUAGAAGAUUCUUCUCAACAGCUGCUGCCAGAGCCAAAAGGACUACAGAAAAUGACAACAUCGAGAUGCUAGCAACGGUGACUGAUUGUCUCCCUGCAUACGUAGCCAAAGGGGUUGCUAUAGCUGCUUUCUACCUGGCUAGGUGCCUCCAUCUUGGCCGAGGCAUAGAGAAAGAUGAAGCUGCUGCUAAAAAAUACUAUUCUAAGGCAUGCCUUCUGGAUCCUGAUGUUGCUUCCGAUCUUGAACUGAAAGCUAAUCUUGGAAGAAUUUAAGUGCUUCCUUCAUUUCUGGCAGGUAUUAGACAAACUUCCUACAAUAAGUCAUCUUUAAUCUUCAAUUACAGACUGUUCACUUAGUGCUUGAAUUUCUGAUUUAUAUAACUUAUAAGAAAUUUACUGAGAUAUUUAAAAAAAAA